AUGAGUUAAUCAGCUGCGGAAAUUAGGAACGUCAUCAAAUCUUUAGAGAAGAUUGCCUUAUAAUUAGAAGGUGGUACUCCAACUUAAUAGUAAAGUCCACAAUCAUUAGCUGAAUUACAGCCAUUUAAGGAAAAGCUUAAUCUCUUUGUUGAGGCUUCAAAGGGCUUAUCUGAUUAAUCACUUAAGGACAUUACACCCAUAGUAACGAAAAUAUUUUCAAUAAUGGAGAAUGCAAUUUUACAUUCUACAAACACUAAAAAGCCAAGUCCAGACUAAAUGAAAUAAAUCUAGAAGGCUAUUACUGAUUAAGUGAAUAAAAUUGCCAAGUUUUAAACACCUGCUCUAUAAUAUUAAGUAAAGGCAAUCAUUGAAGGUUGCUAAGCAGCAUUUUGGGUGACUUUAGAUGGUCCUAAGAUUUAAGUAGAGAGUGCCAUCGAAUCUGCUGAGUUUAAUGGAUUUAAACUAAAAUAAUAGAAAGUAGCAGAGGUGUCUAAAUGGUAUGAUGCUUUUAUUGGGGCAUUAAAGUGGUUGCCAGAUUUUGUAAUAACAAACUAUAAAAUGGGGUUAGAAUGGAAUGGCAAAGGAUCUCUAACCUUCGAACAAUAUUUUGCGGCUUUGACUCAAGAAAAAACUCAUGGUGCUCCUCCUCCUCCUCCUCCAAAAGGCCCACCUCCUCCUCCUCCUCCUCAAUUUGCAGCUCCUGCUCAUCAAACUGAUAGUGGUGAUUCUAGAGGAGCCUUAUUUGCAGAGUUGAAUGUUGGAGCAGACAUCACUAAAAGAUUAAAGCCAGUAUAGAAAAAUGUUGAAAAAUAAGACCCUCUAUAGCCUACAACAGCAAAAUAAUAGCAGUCAACUUAAUAAGCAGCAGCUCAGUUACCAAAAGAGCCUAAAAGAUAUUGUAAGGAAAAUUGGUUUUUGGAAAACUUUUAAAAUGAAAAGCUAAUUGAAUUCAAAGAUGAUGAAAUAGAGAUGAAAUAAUCUCUUUUUGUUGAAAAUUGCAAGAAUUGUGGAAUAUUAGUUAAGGCCAAAGUGAAGUCAAUAUUUUUGUAAAAAUGUGAAAGAGUAGAAUUGGUUUUUGAUCAAACUAUUUCAGGAGUUGAUGUUGUCAAUUGUAAGAAAGUGAAAGUGACUUGUUUAACAAAAUGCCCAAGCCUAAUGAUCAAUAAUUCUGAAUCUGUAUUCAUGGCAUUCAAUGCAGAUAAGCAAUGCGAAAUAAUUUCUUCAAAGACAAUGGAUUUGAACAUCACAUACUUGUAGGAGGAUGGAGAUUAUGCAAAAGACACUAAUAUAGCCGAACAAUUCUUAACUGUUUGGGACAAUGAUUCAGGAAAGUUUAUUACAAAGGCCUUAGACAUAUCCUUUGGAUGA